UGUGCUUGACAGUUUUGUUCCUCAUCUCGCGCAGGGCAUGAAAGUGCCAAUUCUUGGUCCCAGCCAAGACUGAACGCAGCCCAACCUCUCCGGGAGCCAGCGCGGCUUCGCCUUUGGAACUCAAUUUGCCUUCGUUUUUCCCAAGCUGAUCUGCCGAGCCCCCUCAGAACUCCUGCAGAAGGCGGGGAGCCCAAGGGCAGUUUUUCCAGCUAAGAAAUGGAGAACCAGACUCUCGCUGGCACGUGGCUUAAUUGGACCGCUGCCAACACCAGUGCGCAGUGCCUUCCUCAGGCGGACUUCCAGUACUCCCUCUUCACGGUGGUCUACAGUGCCGUCUUUGUCCUGGGCCUCUUUGAGAACGGGGUGGUCCUGUACCUCCUGACCUGCCGAGCCAAGAAUCCGCCCCGGCCCAACAUCUACCUCGUGAACUUGGCCGUGGUGGACGCCUUGUUUGCGUGUGUUCUGCCCUUCAAGAUCCACUACCACCAAAGCCGCAACGACUGGACCUUUGGUGACGUGGCCUGCAGGAUCACGGGAAGCGUCUAUUUCCUGAACAUUUACCUCAGCAUCGCCUUCUUCACCUGCCUCUGCAUCGACCGGUACGUGGCCGUCUUGCAUCCUUUCGUGUACAUCAGAAUCCAGAAUUUCCAUUACGGGAUCGUGGCCCUGGUCCUCUGGGUGACCGCGCUGGCCACGGCCGGGCCUCUGGUCCUCGGGGGGCCCCUCAGCUCCAGGCAGGGCAACAAAACCGUGUGCUUCGAGAGUUUUACGACGAGCAACUGGACCGGGCGCAUGAUGCCCUACAACACGUGCGCGCUGAUUUUCGGCUUCGUGGUUCCCUUCGUCGUGAUCUUGGUCAGCUACCCCUUGAUCGCCCGGCGCAUCUCCCGCAUCCCCCGCAGCGCCCGCAAGAGGAAGGCGCUGGGGACCAUUUACCUCAUCCUCUUCAUCUGCGUGACCUGCUUCCUCCCGUACCACGUCACCCACCUGCUGCACUUCCUGACGCGGGCCGGGCUCAUCCAGGACUGCCGCUUCGCCACCUUCAUCUACAGGAUGCGCCGCUUCACCUUGGCGCUGAUCAGCCUCAACUGCUGCCUCAACCCGAUUCUGUACUACUUCACCUUGGCCAUCAACUGGCAGCACUGGCGGCUUCGUCUCCGGGCGAGGACGACGACGGUCUACACGAUCUCUGGUGCCCGAGAUGGCAAGAGCCAAGCCCCGAAGAAACCCAUGCCCUGGCGCAGGGAGAGGAGCAACCGGGCAGCAGACGGGGUGAACCUGAUGAGACUCCCCACAGACUCUCCUUUGACUCCGACUGCAGAAUGAAGCCGUCCAGGUCGUACUUUAUGUCUCGAGGAGGGUGUGUUAGCAUUUGGGUUCAUUAAGCUUUUUGAGAUGAGCAGGAGGAGGUUUUGCUGCAAGAGCUAGUGCAGGAUAGAACUGUCAAUCCUAAUUUUCUUUCCAAGCGCCUUUCUAGCUUUAAAGUACCUAACACCUCAGAAUCUGGGUGCUUGAACAAGCCUCUUUCGUAGAAUUUUGCUUCAUCCCACGAAUAGGCAAAAAAAGGGCCCGUGUGUUUAGAUGACACCGUGCAAAUCAUCUAAAUUCUUCUCAAGUCAACUGUUUUCUGUUUCUUACUUUUAGACAGUGGGGCUUACCUUGCCAUACCUCCCAGGUAUUUUAUACAGGCCAGUCUUCCCCAGCCUGCUGCCCUCCCUCCCAGCAUGCAAACAAAAAUUCGGGUUCUCUCCCUGCCUCCUUCCAAAAGGAAAAACUUGCCAAUACGAAGCCUAACAGAUGGGGACUUGGUGUUGGACCAUCUUGAGAAAGUAUUAUUUCAUAAAUCACUGGGAAAAUUCUCAGUGGAAUGCAGUUUAUUUCCAGUUGCGUAGGUCACUGGGCAGAGGCGGUACUAUUAUCUUCAUUUGCUUUUUGGCAAAAAAAAAAAAAUCCAACAGAAGUCUUGCUGCACAUUGCUGGAUAACAUUUCUAUUAUAGCACACAUUUUCAUGGACUGCCGUUCCCUUCAGCAGCUGCAGCGAUCGCUCGGUGAGGGGCACUGUCGUCUGCAAAACCUUGUCGCAUAAGAAACCGAAAUGCUGGAAUACCCCAAAGCGCGUUUGCAGAACAAGAAAUAAAGAAAUGGUGCUGGUGUUGAUUUGGGGCUGAAUGAAGAUGGUGGUUUCU